CUAAAUCAUGUCAUCUUUGCUUCAAGGGGCAAGCUGGAGCUUCAAUUGACUAUAAAAGACGCCGGAACCUUCUCCUACCAGCAGCUUCAUCCAGCACGCAAUCAACCUUCUUCAUCCGUGUACAUAAAUCCUCACGAACAAACAUCCUCAGCAUCACCAUCAUCAUGAAGACCGCAGCUUUCCUCACUCUUGUUGCGCUCUCUUCCACCACGCCUCUCGCCAAGGUGCCCAUUGCCAGCAAUGACGCCGCCUUGCGCGACGCCGAGGGCAGACUCGACUACAGCCGUGUCCUCCGCAUGAUCCAGGAGAUCGAGGACAAGUACGCCGCCGAGACCGUCUACGGCGAGCCUCUUCCCGUCAAGCGUGCCGCCGGCGGCAGCAGCGAGCCCAUGAAGGCCUACAGCGAGGACGGCUACAACGACGACGACUACUACGGCAACGGUCUCGUUGGCAAGAACAGCCCACAGACCUUCACCGUCAAGUUUGACACGGGCUCCUCGACCUUCUUCGUCCCCGGCCCCAAGUGCCCAUCAUCUACCUGCCUCGGUCCCACACGCUACAACGAGGGCGGCACUGACGAGCACAACACCACCACGGUCAACUACGCCAAGGGCAAGCGUGUUGGCGAGAACUUCUUGGACACUGUCAGCGUCGCCGGUGUCUCUGUCGACAACACCCAGGUUGUCUCGCUGUCCCAGCGCGAGGGCCCUACCCACGUUGCCCCCGACAGCUUGAUGGGUCUUGGCUUCGGCAAGCUCAAGGGCAAGCCCAACACCUUCUUCGAGGACGCCAUGGAGCAGGGCAAGGUCUCGGUCAACGAGUUCUCCUUCUACCUUGGCCGUACUGCCAAGGGCACUGCCGACAAGUCCGAGAUUACCAUUGGUGGCCGCGACUCGUCCAAGUUCACUGGCACUCCCGUCUUGUUGCCUCUUGUCAACACAGACCACUGGAACGUCCCCCUUGACGGCGUCACUGUUGGCGGUAAGGCGGUCACGGGCCUGGCCAAGAUUGCCACCAUUGACACUGGUACUUCCAUCAUUGCUGCGCCUGCUACGGCCGUGGAGAGCUUCUACUCCAACAUUCCUGGCUCGGCCAAGCACGACAGCCACUUCUACAGUGUCCCUUGCGACGCUACCAUCCCCCCUGUUGUCUUCAAGUUUGGCGGCCAUGACUUCCCUCUUGACAGCUUCGAUGUCAUCUACGACAAGAAGAAGAACGUCUGCCUCGGAUCCUUCUACUCCCUGAGCUACCCCUCGCUCUUGGUUGGUGACUCGUUCCUCAAGAGCUGGUACAGCAUCUACUCCUACGAUGCUGCUGGUGGCAAGCCUGCUGUGCUGCUCGCCAAAGCUGUUUAG